AUGAGGCUUCUACCAGUGGACGUCAAUCAGUGUCUCCUGCUGUCUGGACAGCCUUGUUUACGGGGCAUCAAUCUGAUGUCGCCACAGGAGAGGCAAUCAGUCUCCCAGGUGCCGAAGGAAUUGCUUAGAGAACAUAUUAUGUUCAUGGAUCAGAAUAAUAUAAGUCAAACUCGUCAGAAAAAGAAGAGGAAAGAAGGGAAAAUCCACACUGAAGACUUAGAUUUAAGCCACACGCACUGGAGCAAGGUGGUGCAGAUGGAAAUCGCCCAGAUGACUCUGAAGAGUCAGGUGCAUGAAGAUAGCACCGAUGAGCUUCUUCAGAUCAAGUUGGAUUCAAAUCAUGUACAGAUAGAGCCUGGAGAGCAGGAAGAAUAUGAGGAAGAUGUAAAUCAGUUUCAGUUCCAGGGUCUGGCCACCGCCGCCACCGGCACCACCACUGCCGCCGUAGCAGCAGCUGCUGUAAACAAGACCAUCCAGGCAGCAGGUGACAGUGACUGUUUCCACUGGGAGAAGCCUUGUCACACCAAUCCUGCUAUACAUUGGUGGCUGGGCACCGGCAGCCUACCCAAGAUGCCAGACUGCUUCUGGGAAGCUGUUCUCUGUGAGCAGAAUUACGAAGCUCUCAACCUUGACAAGUCUGUGAGUAUCACGAUCACACUUCUGCAUGACCCCAUCUUGGUGCUCUUCCUCCUCUUUGAGGUUUUCCUUGGCUUCCUGGGGAAUUCGUUGCUCUUCUCGUGGUCAGUGCACAGCUGCCUGCACCAGCCGGCCCCGAGGAAACCUCUGGACCUCAUCCUGGCUGACCCAGGACCUCCUGCCCCUCUUGGGUGUGGGGGGACCCGGAUCCCUUUUCUUUUUCUGUUUGACCUGGGCUGCUGGGCGCUGCUCUAUGCCUACAGUGUAGCCUGCGCCCUAAACAUCUGUACACUGUUGCUUCUCACGGCCUUGCAGGUGGCCAACCUCCAUCCCGGCCACCUCACGGCACUCUGUGAAAGCGGCCAGCUGCGCCGUUACCACACCUCCACGAUGCUCUUGUAUGUCCUGAUCCUGCGAGAUGCCUUCUGUGUGGGCCUCACAUUUACCGCAAGCCUCUACAUGGUGACAUUCCUCUACAUGCAUCGCCACACAACCCGGCACCUGCACAGCCGUGCCCAGGUGUCCCCGUUGCAACGUGAGAUCAAAGCCACCCACAGCAUCCGCACGCUGGUAGCCUUCUUUGAGGGUGUAUUUGGCUUGAACAGCUUUGUCACUUUUUACUCGUUUUAUACACCGCAGGAAAACCCAGGCUUGGAGAAGAUGAGCAAGAUCCUGUCAUCCUGCUAUCCGACCAUCUGUCCUUUUGGCCUGAUGAGGCACAGGAGAGUGAUUUCCAAAUUUAUCGGUUCAUUUUCAAAGAUGCGAAUUUCCUUGACCGAGAGUACAUGCUGCUGCUGA